CCAUUUUUUAUUGUUUUUUUGUCGAAGGAUUUGUCGAACGCGAGCAUUUGCCGUUGCCUAGUUUCCGCAGAUCGAAAUCCCGCAGGUUUUUCACCGAAACCCUACCCACCAUGAGGAUCCCACUUGGACGCAAACAGGCCGAGCAAGCCGCGCAAUGGGCAACAUCCGCCGGAGCGUACGGAGCAGCGGCCGCGCUGAUCGGUUGCUACCUGACCGACUGGAAGGUGAUCGUGACGUACAUCCCCUUCUACGGUGGCAAGUUCGACAAGAAGGAAUAGACUAGCAGCAAUCGAGACCAAAGCGACGCGAAUGGUAGCAUAAAAUCGUUCUAGCAAAAGUGAUCCACUGCGAUGAGCUUCGGACGACCGGAAAUUGGUUCGUUGCCAGCAGCCAAGAUGGUUCCUUUGCGUUUGUACGGUAACUCGUGUGCGUUAAAUUAACAGUUUCAAUAAGAGUUCAAACCAAGUCCAAAGA